AUGCGUUUCUGGCGACCAUUUCAUACAUAUUCAAUAGAUAUUAUAUCGAAUUCUCCAAACAAAUUAGUUUUUCGUGCACCAGAAGAUGUUCGCCUUCGAAUGACUGCUGAUCAUCUUGAUUUAAAUCAAAAUCCUGGUUCAUGUUUUACUCAUUACAAUCAUGAUACCUGUUUGUGGGAAUGCUAUCAUUCAUCAUUUGUAACGGGUCAUCAUCGUCUUUUUAUUUGGCUUUUAGACAGUGAUGAUGACGACGAAUGGGCCAUUGCUGCUAGAUUUGAUGUUUCUAUUGAAGAAAAAGUAGACUCAUUUAUCUAUCCUAUUACAACAAGUGUCUUUAAUUCACUACGAUGUCAAUUGAUUACACCGAUGAAUGGUAUUUUCUCAAAAGAAUCAUUACCAUCAGAAAUCAUAGUUCGUGUGCCUUGUGUUCAUGAUGUACAAUUGCAAAUAGAUGAAGCAAUAUUAGUCGUAGGAAAGAGUCUUGUCAAUAAUUGUUAUAGACUGAAAAUUCCAUCUGCUAUACCUAAUCAUGUGAAAAAUUUUGUACUAAUGGGUUUAUGCUUUGACGAUAUGCAUUAUUCUAUAUUGAUUACAUAUAAAAUUGAAUGA